AUGGACUUCACGGAGCUCUACGCAGACACUGUCUCCAGUGUCGCUGUGGCGGCUCGCUGCGGCCGUAGGAAGCGGCUGCGGAGGCUGAUCAGGAGACGCUUCAGUGUGGACUGUCGGGACAACCGGGGCUGGACCGCCCUGCACGAGGCGGCGGCCGCUGGCAGCGCGGAGUGUGUGCAGGACAUCCUGUCUGCUGCAGGCGCCGGGUCGGCCCGUAGCCGCGCUGCCUGUGUGAACUCUUUGACCCACGAGGGCGAGUCUGCCGCUCACCUGGCAGCGCAGCGGGGACACCUGGCAGCGCUCCGAGUCCUCCUGGAGGCCAACGCCAACAUCAACCAGCUCACAAAUGACCUGUCCUGUCCUUUGUACGCAGCUGUGGACGGUGGGCACAGGGAGGUCGUGGAGCUGCUGCUCGGCAACGGUGCAGAGGCCAACCGGACCCACACCGCGUCCUGCUGGACCUGCCUCCAUCAGGCUGUUUAUAAGGGUCACAGUGAAAUCGUACGCAUUCUGGUCCCAGUGUGCGACCUGGAGGCUCUGGACGACCAUAAGAUCACGCCUCUCUUUGUGGCUGCACAGUACGGACAACUGGAAUGCCUGGAAAUCCUUGUUGGUGCUGGUGCCAAUGUGAGCGCCCAGGCCGCUGAUCUGGCCUCACCGCUGCUGAUUGCCUCCCAGGAGGGCCACCAGGCCUGUGUGGACUUCCUGUUGGACCACGGGGCCGAUCCUGAUCUCGAUUGCAGUCAUGAGUGGCCUCAGCUCCCCAUCCACGCUGCCGCGGAGUUCGGCCACAUGGGUGUCCUCGGGAGGCUGAUAGCGGUCACGGAUCGUGCGUGUGACCGCGGUGAGGGCCUGGUGAGUCCUCUGUACCUGGCUGUCGCCGGCCAUCAGAGCAAGAGUGUGGAGAUGCUCCUGAAGGAAGGUUUCAGCCCCGACGCCCAGGUGUGCUCACACCUCCAGGGCGUGAAAUCACCGCUCUCCUUGGCCCUGUCCCUCACAUCCAACCAGCCGUACAGUGAAUCCGUGGGGUUGCUGGUAAGUGCAGGAGCCCGUUUGAGCGAGGAGGACUGGAUUCAUGCCGUAGCCACUGAUAAAACAGACCUGCUGAGACUGAUUCUGGAGCACAGAUGGAUUCCUCCACAGGACACUUUGACCAGGGACUGUUCUCUCCAAAGUCAUGGUGGGAAUUGUUUUUUAACGCUGCGGGAACUGAGGGCGCUGCUCUGUGUGGCACUGAACCAAGUAGCCUUUGCAGCCUGCUGGCUCCCUCUGCUCCUAAAGGCUGGACUGGAGCCGUCUUUGCUGCUUCAGCCCCAGAUGUUGCAGCAGGCCGACAGCGAGGUGUUGAAUUACCUGCUGGAGUUUGUAAAUUGGUCGAUUCUGUCCCAGCCUUUGAAACUUAUUCUGGAUCAAAGACGGGCAGAGAAGACCUGGGAACCACGGCCACAUCUUGACUCCAUUCCACUUCUUUCCCACCUCUGUCGGCUGCAGGUCAGGUCCGUGCUGGGACCAGAUCGACUGAUGAGGACCAAUGUUGUGCAGCAGCUCCCUGUUCCCUCCCCACUUCAUGCCUUCCUCCAAUUCAGAGACAUUCCAGAAGCUAUCUACACACACUCCCCGCCAUCAUCAGCACUUUGAAAUCUUUGAAAUACUGGGAUACAACAGCACAGACCAACAUAUACAUGUUAUAUAACCCCGUUUACUUUUCCUCUCAAUGCCUUUUUGGGGCAUUCUGUGCAUCAUUUUACACGCCAGAACGGUUUAAGAAGAUUAUUUCACAUAUGCUCAUUCUGUUCUCUGGGCAGUGCAUUUAUGUUACAAUGGCAUCCAAAUGAUUUCUUUUCCAGCCCAAAUCAAGUUGGUUUGUUCACUUUACAUAUUUGAUGUUUUGUCGACAAUAAAGAUAAUGUGGUCCAAUUC